CCUUUCGAUGUGGUUCCAGAUGCAAUUUUAUGAACUUCGCUAGAAAUGUGCGAUGCCUAGAAUGCAAAGAAGAGGGACCUAAGAGAGUUGGUGUGAUGAUGUUGAAAUGAAGAAAGGGGACUGGACCUGCCCGCAAUGCAAUUUUAUGAACUUCGCUAGAAAUGUGCGAUGCCUAGAAUGCAAAGAAGAGGGACCUAAGAGAGUUGGUGUGGAUGAUGUUGAAAUGAAGAAAGGGGACUGGACCUGCCCUCAGUGCAGAUUCAUGAACUUUGCUCGCAAUACUAAGUGUCUGCGUUGCCAAGUGUCACGACCGAAAAGACAGCUAAACCCUGGGGAGUGGGAAUGCCCCUCCUGUGAUUUCUUGAAUUACCGAAAAAACAUGGUGUGCCUGAAAUGCAACUGUGGACGCCCCAAGGACUCGGCAAUGGAAUAUGAAGCACAUAUAUGGAAAAAGCCUCGUUGAGUGGUCUCUCAUGGUGACGCAUCUGGAUCCAUGUUUCAGAAGACGACGAUGAUGUUCUUCAAAAUCAUGACCUCCUUGGCCAAUUUUCAUCUACUUUGUGGCUAAAUCAAUGCCCAAGAAUUGAGUUUUUCUUCGAGAGAAAACAACACCAUCAAAGCUUUUAAGUGGCUGCCAAGAAUGCUGUUGUCAUAGGUUUUUUUUUUUAAUUUGUUUCUUUCUUCAAAGGUUAAAAUUUCAACAUAGCCUGAGCUUCUCCAUUAGUAGGCCAAUGUGCCUGCUGUUUUUAGUCAAAUCUUGAUAUUCUUCUAGUACAGGGAAAUUUUUUUGGUGGUAGCUAAUGUGGAACUUACAUUGUGUUUCUUUUGCGAGGGAUUGUUAUAAUGUAGUUAUAUUUUACUUUUGGUGCAAGGACACCCCACCCAAAAAAGAGGAUAAUGUAGCUAUAUUAUGAACAUGUAUGCAAGGCUUCCCACAUUGUGUUCUUAA